GCUCGCAAAUAUCACUUCAGACGCCAAACAUUUGCAAAACCGGUGAUUUGUGCGCGAAUUUACUCGUACGAAAGUGAAAGACGAAUAAAAAUUAAUUGAAUCAGAAGAUGUCCUACAAACUCGAAGAGCUACCAAAUUCUCAUGGUCUACUUGGUGAAGGCCCUCACUGGGAUAUUGAAACACAAAGUCUUUAUUUCGUAGAUAUCGAUAACGCCAAACUAUUUCGCUAUGACUACGAACAAAAUAAAACCUACAGUGCCAUAGUUGAGGGUGAAAAUCUCGCCUCCUUUAUUAUACCCGUUGACGGGGAAAGUGGUAAAUUUGCUGUAGGUUGUGGACGUCGCGUUGCGGUUGUUGCUUGGGAUGGUGUAUCACCCAGCGCUAAAGUGGAACGCAUUGCCUAUUCAGUACAACCAGGCGAUGAAUUUUCUAGCAAUCGUAUAAAUGAUGGUAAAGCGGAUCCACGUGGGCGCCUUUUUGCUGGUACCAUGUUUCCUGAUAUCAUGACGAAGCGCACUGGUGAAUUGUAUAGAUUUGAGAAGGGUAAACCGGUUGCGCCCAUAAAAUCGGAAAUAGGUAUUUCCAAUGGGCUGGCUUGGAAUGAGAAGACAAAUAAAUUCUAUUAUAUUGACACAAUGGAUUUGGAGGUCAAGGAGUAUGACUACGAUUUUGAUACGGGUGUGCCCAGUAACCCAAAGGUUGUCUUCAAGCAUGCUGAACAUUGGCCUGAUGGUAUGACGAUUGACUCUGAAGGAAACAUUUAUAUUGCUACAUUCACAGGGCAUACUGUCUACAAAGUUAAUCCACGGACAUCUGAAAUACUUCAAGAAAUCAAGCUGCCUACCAAGCAAAUCACUUCCGUAGCUUUUGGUGGACCUAAUCUGGAUAUUUUAUUUGUAACUACGUCGGCGUAUUUCGAUCAACCAGCUCCAGCCGGAAAUACCUUUAAGGUUACUGGUUUGGGAGUUAAAGGAUUGCCAAUGUCGAAAGUGAAAAUUUAAAACUUGCAUUGCCAAACUUUAUUAGAUAUGCAAGAGUAAUCUCUUGAGCCUCUUUCCUCUUAAAUUAGUCUGAUAUCAGGCGUUUAAAUUUUGAAUAUAUCAGUAAAUAAAUAAUUUUGCUUAAAGCUUAUAAAAAA